UCGGCGACGCGCGCGCGGGCGGUCGCGGCGGUGGGGAAGCACGAACGCGGUCGCGAUGCGGUUGGGAAGCGAGGGAAACGCGUGGGUGAUGGUGAUUCGUCGAGGGUGUUCUUCGGAGGGGGGGCCGGGGAGGUGGCGGGGCCGGCGCCGACGCGCGCGCGGGCCGUGGCGGUGAAGGAGGAACCGAGCGAGCAGGCGAUGGAGGUUGACGGCGCAGAAGGCGCGAACGCGGACGCGGAGCCGGGUACGUCCGCGCGAACGAAAGAUCCGACGGUUGUGGGGGCGCAGGCGACGCCGGUGCGUCAGGUGAGGAUGAGCAAGGCGAAGCAGGCGCAACUCGCGCUGGAAGAGGCUUCGAAGAAGAUCCAACCCGACCGCAUGGCGACAGAGCAGAUGCACGACGCUGAGGACGAUUGGGUCGAUAAAUCACAGUAUUAUCCAACCGUCUUAAAGAGCGCUCGUGAGAUGGAUGUGGCCUCGGUCGGUGAGGUUGUGAAAUCGUCAACGGACGACAACUACGUCGUGUUACAACUGCCCUCAUACUUGCCGCUCCGGAAGCACGGCGGCAACGAGAACAUGGAGGUAGACGGAGUCGUGACCGUCGCGGACGAAAAUAGCGACGAACAUACAAAUAGUGAAGAUAACGACAUAGUUCGUGACCUGUCUGAGCUCUCGGAAGGGCAGCUCGGCGAGUUGAGGAUUCACGCCGACGGCUCGGCGAAGCUGUACAUCGGCAACGCCGUGUUCGAUGUCAUGCACGGGACGCCGUAUCAGCACGCGGAGCAGGUUGUGCGAUUAGAUUCGGAAAAUCAGCAGUGUGUGAUCAUGGGGACGUCCAGCGCGCGAAUGACGUGCGUCCCCGAUGUCACGGCACUGCUCUUGUAG